AAUAUUCAUUUCUCGAUAAGCCUUUGAGUCGCACGGACACUCAACUAGUUCUCAGUCACGAAACUGCUAACGAGGUCGUUUCGAUCGAAAUUUUCUUCUUAAAAAAACUAUAAAAACUGCAAGAAAAUAUAUCUUGUGGUGGAAAAUAUGCGAAUGUCAAACAGUGGAGUUUUUAAUGGAUAAGAAAACUUGAUUAUGACAUCGGAGACAUCCCCACAGUCCCCGUACUGGGGAAAUGAGUGUCCUCAGAUGCUGUAGAACUUAAGUGAAUUGGGAUUUACAGUAAGAAACUGGCAAGUUUCAAAAAGAGGAAAACAAUGAAAACAGACUAAUUUAAUGUAUUCGGUGUUAUUUAGAACUGUUACUUAGAAAACGGAGAAAACAUAAAACAGAAACAUGUAUUUCAUUAACAGGUGAAGUGUUCAUGUCAGCCUCCCUCUCGACCACCAUCAUGAAGUAUCCCUCGCUCCUGUUACCAGUUGGAGCCAAUUGCAACGACUCCUGUUGCUCUUUUGGCGAAGGUCAAGUCAUCUGUUACAGCGACUACAACUUCACGGACAGGGCGAAUCUCACGUACCCCGAGCCCUGGGAGCUGGGCGUGCGGUGGACGUACGCGGUCCUGGUGACCGUCGUUGCCCUCCUGGGUAACCUGUCAGUCAUCCUCGUCCUCUCCAGGAACCGACUGCUGUUGAGAGCCUCCGUCAACCUCUUCAUCCUGAACGUGUCCUGCGCAGAUCUCAUCCUCGCGCUCGCGGGGCCCGUCCUAUUUACGAUCCGAGACACGAACAUGUUUUACGUGCUGGGUGGAACAUGGUGCCAUCUGGAUGGGUUCAUACAAAUUAUGGUGAUGUUGGUGAGCGUGACGUCACUGGCUGUCAUCAGCUUCGACCGCAUGAUGGGGAUACUGCGUCCCUUCCACGUCCAUCUCAAACAGUGGCAGUCGCUGGCGAUUAUCUUCGUCAUUUGGGUCUAUGCCUUCGUCAUUGCUACCCCCUUCGGUUUUCACAGAGUCUACACGACCCACAUCUGGAACGACCUGACGGAGACGAUGUGCGGAGAGGACCUCACUAAACUUCAAGUCUGGUGGAUCGUCGUGGUAGCCGCUUUGACCUGGAUUCCGCAAGGGGUCAUGAUCGUAUCGUACGCGGCCAUCAUCUUCUCCUUCAAGAGGCCUUAUAGGAAAGCCAAUAGAACAGAGCACCCAGCCAUAGUCCACCUCAAGAGACGCGUCAUCAGAAUGAUGUUCAUCGUCGUCCUGGGACUCACUCUCAGCUGGUUGCCACUCCAGGCUCUCAAGGUGUUCUCCCAUCUAUUCAUCGACGAUAGCGGGAGAUAUAUCGAAAACCGUAAGGAGGCAUAUGAAGUCCUAUUUUCGGUGUCCCACUACAUGAUCUACACCAACUGCGCGUUCAACCCCAUCGUCUAUGCCCUGAUGCACCAGACUUACCGGAGGGCUUUCAGGAUUACCUUCUCUUGUUUCUUCAGUCGUAAGUCUGCUUUCGUGUUAAGGCCCGGAGUUGGACAUCGAUCCUACGUGUGGUCGCUGAAGUCCGAAAACUGCUCCUGUCAGUCCAACAUUGCUCAACAACCAAGGUCAUCACGGGUUACUCGCCUCAUCAAACCCAAAAAGCAAUUGACGCUCUCAGCUGUUGUGUCAUCAUCUACCACCGUAGCUGCCAUUGCUCUCGACCCAGCCAAGCUGAAAACCUACCCAAGUUCAGAAAGGACACAGAGAAAUUCCUGUUGUGACGAAACUGAGGAUAAUAUGAAAUGAAACUAGGAAACGCUAAGGGUGGAAGAAGCAAAAGCAUUCGGGGGUCUUUCGUCAAUAAGGGUGAUAUGAACUAUAGUAAAUUCUUCAAAAGUUGCAUCACAUGGCCGUCGUAUCUUCAAAGCCAUGCCUGGAAAAGAACCCAGUAAGUCUAUGCAGGUGCACCAGAGUUCUAAGACCAAGUGGUGGCAAACAGAAAGUAAUCGUUGACCUAAUAAUCAAAUCGCUCCUUUGAAACGAUGAAAACGAAAUGUUUGAUAUUUCAUCUCAUCAUAUUCUUGUUGAUGACAAAACGGUUCUCAUUUUGUUAUUAUUCUCUCUUCAUUCUUAUUACUAGCGUCAGUGUUUGUGAGAGAGCAUUGAAACUAUCUUUUAAAGUGACACCAAAAUAUUACAAUAAAAAAGAAAUAACCUAGAAUCUGCUCUGAACUACGCUUCACUGUAAUAGAAGCAAUAAGAACAAGUGAGUAACUAAAUCCAGUUUUAGAUGUGAAACUAAAUGUAGAAAACAGCAAACGAAAAAGGAAACCAGUGUUGGUUUGAACAAUCUCCUUCCAAAUUAGGACAAAGGUAUUUUUGUGACGAAGAUUUCAUUACAUUGAAAUCUUUCCCAGUUGUCAUUUUCAAAGACUCAGAAUAUGCACUUGCUGCUCUACAUUCUGUGAGAUAACCGCCGUAACCCCUCCCUCCCUCCCUCCCUCCCUCCCUCACUUUGGACAGUGCUUCCGGACCUCAUUUUGAGCAACUUCUGCUUACAUCAGGAUUAAGUGCACUUUUUCCCAUGGCAGAUAUUACGAGAUAACUCGAAGACAAGUUUUUAAAAUCUGGCUAAAACUUAAGAAUGCUUGGAACUCGAUGAUUAUCCCGAACUCACACAGUAAAUUCGUGAUUGGAGGGCUGCUGUGCCUCUAAAAUUGUAACUAGAAAGUGACGCCUAUUUUUUCCAGGUGGUAUAUAUUAAACAUCCCAAGAUAUGUAAAAUUCAGGAUAUUUUUUACCGGAAUUUCUGGUUUGUAGAAAUAUUGAGAAAUCUUGAAUGAUUUCGUGUAUGUGCAUUGAUGCCUUUACAGUAUAUUUCUCUGCAACAAGCUUCGAGGAAAGGUUGUAACAAAUGAUGUCUUAUGAAUGAAUGAAUUAUUAUUUGCAGAGGAUAUAUUUCAUCAACACUUAUUUGAUAUUAUUAUUAUUAUUAUUAUUAUUAUUAUUUGUAUUUAUAUUAUUAUU